GGAGCAGACCUCCAGUGAUGAGCACGGCCUGCAGGGCGGUGUUCUCAGACUGACUGGGCUGCGUGAGACACAUCUGGAAUAGUAACUGCAGAGAGAGAGCACCGAAAGGAGCAGAGGCGCAGCGAUCCUUCCCCCAACUCUUCACUUCUCCUCAACGCGCCCUUCUCACUGAAAAUAUUUAUUCUAUCUGUAUCCAAAAUGCUGCUCAUCCUGUUGGGAGUGCUUGUUUUUCACCUCGUCGUUCUCAUUCUUCUCAUUGUGUCUACAGCAUCCAGUACAUGGACCGUAGACGCUACCGGACACACCGAUCUUUGGUAUAACUGCCACUCUGACCCUAAUGGCUACAAAUGCUUGCAGGCCAGCAGUGAAGAUUGGAUCCAGGCUGUGCAAGCCCUCAUGAUCCUGUCUGUGGUCUUCUGCUUCACCUCGCUGAUAGCUUUCCUUUAUCAGCUGUUCAGACUGGUGAAGGGCGGACACUUCUACUUCACCUCCAUCUUCCAGAUCUUGGCGAGUGUGUUUGUGAUGUGCGGGGCAAUCAUCUACACCGUGAUGAGACCGGACAGUGACAAAGACUAUGGCUACGCGUACGUGCUGGCUUGGGUGGCGUUCCCUCUGAGUCUCAUCAGUGGCCUCUGUUAUCUCAUACUGAGGAAGAAGGACUGAGAGCAGCAACAGCAGGAGGAGGAAAGAGGAGGGGUAGUUAGGAGGCCCCUCAUCACAACAUCCUACUGCACCCAUAGACCAUGAACUGAAAUCCCACAAUAGAGUUUUCCCAUCACAUGCUGAAAGUAUCACAGCAAUUUGUUUUUCGGAUUCCAUCGACAGUUUUUUUUUUUUUUUUUUUUUUUUUUGACACCAGUUUCCCAACAUCCCAAAAAAAUCCUUGGGGUGCGAAACAUUGAGUAAUCCUACCUUCCUUCAUUGUGAAGAUGUAAAUAGUGUCUGUGGUUUUUAGACAUAUUUAUAACAUUUUUAUUUUUUACAAUUUUAAUUUUUUUUGUACAUAGUGUCGUUGAGUUAACAUUGUCAUGCUCAUUGAUAGUGUGUCUCUUCCAAAUCAUGCAGCUGUACCAAAGAGAUGUCGCUUCAGCUUUCAGUGUAUCGAGCUGUUUUCUUAAUUGUGUUCCCUUCACUUCAUGCCAAAUGCUUUUAACAUUGUGCCUUACCUGUUUUUUUCUAGAAUAUGUAUGAAAGGAAGAAAAAAAAAAGUAAACAAAAAGUGUUAAACUCUUGAAGUUAUUUUUUUUAUUUGAAAUUAUACUUGAUAUUCCAAAUAAAAAUGUUUUACAUGUUGUAACAUUAAAAGUGGUGCUUUUUUAAAUGUACUAUUUUUUAACUCUGUAUUCGUAUUUGUGCUGCACGUGUGUCCUUGUUUGUAAUUGUUUUGCUUUGUAAAAUCUUACCUUUUUUUUUUUGUAUUUUGAAUAAUCAGUAUGAAAUAAAUGUUGCUUAUCAGCAAA